GUUGAAUAUCUGAAGAUUGUUUAAAGGUUGUUUGAGCAUUAUUUAAAAAUUAUAUGAGCCGAAAUGUUGCAACUCAUGUUCAAAGGUAUAUUCUCUGGUGCUGCCGUUAAACCUUCAUUUUCAAAGUUUUCUUCAGCUUUGAGUACCAAUAAUUCUUCACUUUGUUCAUUAACUUCAUUAUCAUCAAUUUUUCAAACCAAUAACAUAAUUAAUAACAGUAAUAAUAAUAAUAGUACUAAUAACGGUUUUAUAAUAAACUCGUUACAAAAGAGAUAUGCUACAAUAAAUCAAAUCAAAAGAGGCGCUAACAAACCCAAAAAACCCAAAAUUUCCAAAGCACCAGACUUACAAAAUUGCCCAUUUAAAAAGGGUGUUGUAUUAAGAGUAAUGGUCUUAAAACCAAAGAAACCAAAUUCUGCUCAAAGAAAAUGUUGCAGAGUUCGAUUAACUAAUGGUAAGAUUGUCAGUGCUUAUAUUCCCGGUGAAGGUCAUAAUGCUCAAGAACAUAGUGUUGUUUUAAUCAGAGGUGGUAGAUGUCAAGAUGUUCCUGGUGUAAAAUAUCAUGCUGUUCGAGGUGCAUUGGAUUUGAAUGGUGUUGCAAAUAGAAUAUCGUCAAGAAGUAAAUAUGGUGUUAAAAAACCUCAGAAGGAUUAAAAUUAAUGAAUAAAUGAGCGAAUAAAUAUAUAGCAAAAAUAUUUUAUAAUACUUUUGUAAAUAAUAAAUAAUUUUCCAA